CUGGUCGUGACGAUCACCUUGAACCUCUUGAGGUUAUAUCAAUACGGUUGGUACCGUGCUUGACUCAAAAGCCUACCUGGAAAUGUCAGAGGCGGCUGCAGCCUUGGUCAUUGACGAGACCCGCUUCACUGGCGAUGGCGCCGACCUGAACCUCUUACAUUGGCUCAGGCAAGCUGAACAGGCCAUAGAAUCAUCGUCCAAUGACGACCUUCUCGCAAGUCUUCAAUCCCUUCAUACCUUCUUUCUUAAGCUUCUCUUACCGUCCGCUUCCCCAUCAUUGCCAAAAGCUGGACGACCCAUACGGCACCUCGUCACACGAUGUGUCGUCAAGAUUCACCACAAAGUCGAAUCUAGGAGUUUAUUCGAUUUCGUCCAGAGCUUGGUCAAAGCUGUCAGUGAUGGAGGAAGUAAAAAUAUGAGCGCGGUGGAGAACGUGGCGAGAGUUGCCUGUUGGUAUUGCAUUGGAGAAGUCAUCAAGGAGCACGGAAUGAAUAUGAUGUCGUUCAUGGCGGAGAUAUGUACCUCUUCAGUGAAGGUAUUACGAAACACCAACUUGUCUGUCCUGCUCCGAUGUCAAGCUGUCCUGGCAUUUUCACGAUCACUACAUUCUGCUGGCCGAGCUUUGCCCGAUGCUCUGGUCAAGGAUCUCCUCAAAGCACUGCGGAAUGGUCUCCAAGAUCGAGCUCUACCCGUGCAGCGGGCGUGCGCAGAGACUUUUAUAUCGCUCCACAACUACACUUCUGCAACACCUCUGCAAAGCACCCUCGAUAGCGUUGCUCCACUAGUCUUCAAAAGCUUGGAGACCGCAGACUACCUCACACGAAGGGCUCUGUCUCGUCUUCUCGCCAUCCUGCUCGCUGCGACGCAAACCCCCGGAUCUGGAGCCCCCGCACCAGACCAGAGCAAGAAAGUCACAAAGACCGGCGAGGAUGCUCUGUCCGAGCCCACAGUCGUCACGUCGGCUGCCGAAGAUAAAGGGGCCAAGACUUUGCUGUCCAAUGCCGAAAUGCUGCGUUUCCUAUCGACUCAGUACAACCGACCCAAUACCCCUCGACGUCUGAGGAAUGCCAUUCUCGAUGUCUACGUCACACUAUUCACUACUCUGGGUUCAGAUUACGUCGAAUCCCAUUACGCUGAGAUAGUGAAGCACAUCAUGGACGAGAUAAUCCUCUCAUCUCGUGGCCAGACGGGACGGUACGAGAUUUUGACAAGUCGGGAUGCUGCAACACUCAUGCUGCGUGAUCUGAUCGGCGUUCGGUUGCUGUCGGAAACGGCACAAGUAAUGGCCCUGAGAGAAUGGGCCAAUUCGUACGUCAAGAAAUGGCAGCCUCAACCUCUACCCGGACAGAGCACUACGCACAAGCUUGUCCUCGUUGUUGCUUUAAGAGAAGUCGCUGGUCUUCUUGAGCAGCUUGGCAACGCCCCACCGUCAAUUCUCGAACUAUUGGCAGAGCCUCUGGUCAGACUCCUCUCGCACUCCUCUCACUCUGUUCGCGUCGCAGCCGCCUAUGCCCUUCGACGAUUCUGUUAUCUGAAUCCGAGCCAGCUCUCCCGCAUACUGGACAUUCUUCUUGUUGAGUUGCAGAAGGACCUCGGUAUGCUGGGCACACCAACAGCGCCGAAGGAUCUAUCGCAUCGGAUCAUGGGCAAAUCUCUCGCUUUGUCCGCCUUGAUUGCGGUCGGACCUUCCAGACCCUUGUACAUGGCUCAUGACGCCCCAACCAAGGUCUUCGACCUGGCUGUGUCGAUGCUGAAGCGCGCUGGAGAUCACGAUGUGGCUGUAGCAACCGUCGAGGUGCAAGUCGGGUGGAACCUCAUCGCAGGACUCAUGAGCUUGGGUGAGAGUUUCGUCAGACAGAACUUGUCACAAUUGCUGGUUCUAUGGCGAAACGCAUUGCCAAAGCCCACGAGCAAGGACGCGUCGGUCGGCGAGCGAGGCGAGGCCGAGUGGGUUUUCCUACUCGUGGUUAGAGAAUGUGCAUUGGCCGCGGUCUUCAACUUUCUGCGGCAUAAUUCAUCUCUGGUCAAUAUUGACGCCGCAAGACGACUCGCGACGCUCUUCACCAACACACUCAAUUUCGUUAACGGUUUCGCUACGGCCUUUGCCGAAGCCCUGCGCGAGCAGGCGGCGAAUCCACAGGCCACAUCUCCCGCAUUUACCGCUCGUCCAUCACUUGUCGAACGCGAAUCCAAUCUUCGUCGUCGAGUCCUGCAGUGUUUCUCUGCACUUGGUCCUUCCUCGGCAACCGAAUCCAUGCAGGCGGCCUUACUACAGAGCGCAAUCACAGUCUUCGCCGAUCCGGAAAAUUAUUCUGGCUCAGCAGCGCAAGCGGCCAUUGCUGCGCAAGCUGGCCAAUUUACUUCGGUUUGGCAAUCGACAGACGGAUAUGCUUUCGGUCUCACAAGCCUCUUGCAAGCUCGCGAGUUGGGUCGUAGAUCAGACUCUGAGGAAGCUUUCUUGAAUCGCGAUCGCAUCGAAGUGUCAAUCGAUUCCCAGCUUGUGCGACCUAUAGUCGGCUCCCUCGAGCACGAUGUGCUAGAUCUACUUGUCGCAGACGAGCUCAGCACUCCGCCCAUGCCGCCUUCUUCUCAGACAGGUGUCAUUGACGCUGGUCUUGAGCUCUUCUCCAUCAUGUUCCCACAUCAGUCUGUCGAGGGACAGGUUCAGUCACUGGCCACGCUAUCCAGUCAUGUUCGCUCGGGUAAACUGGAGAAGAAUCCUGGUAGAAAGCAAGCAGUCCUGGCGAACACCAUCGCAGCACUGCGGCAAUCUCUCAGCUUGUCAGAAACUUCCAGUGUGAGAUCGAGAAAAGCCUUUAGCAAUUCCCAAGUGGGAGAUUUGAUCAAGUCUUUGCUUCAGGACGCGAUACUCGACCCCAACACUGGCAUUCGGCAAGCAUCGGCUGAGGCGAUGGGUCUCAUGAGUAGCCUCGCGGGCAGCAGCUACUUGUCGACACAGGUACAAUGGCUUGUCGACCAGGUCGUCAAUAAUCGUGUACCUGAAAGCCGAGCGGGUUGCGCACUGGCGUUCGGGGAGAUUUAUAGCCACGUUGGAGGUCUGGCUGGUGGCCCAAUCCUCAAAACCAUCGUAAACAUUCUAAUGUCACUAGCAACGGAUCCGCAUCCCAUCGUCCACUUUUACGCCAUGUCAGCUUUGUCCCAGGUGGUCAAUGCCGCCAAUCUAUCUUAUUCACCUUACGUCCCAAAUACACUGGGCAUGCUUGCCAACAUCUAUCUCUUGGAAACGCACGAGCCUGACGGUGGCUCACUAGGCAGUGUCAACCUUCGCGGCGACCUUCCGGCAUACCAAGUAAUUUGCCGAAUUCUCCAUGCCCUGGUCGGUGUGCUAGGCCCCGAGCUUCAAGAACCGGGCAAGAUCCGGUCUCUCGUCUUCCUCUUGGUACACGAGUUCAGUGAAGAAGUCGAUGAGGGUCUUGCAGUUGAGGCGAUCAAAUGUGUUCAACAGUUCCUCAUGUUUGCACCUGCCGAGGUCGAUAUCCCGAAACUGCUUCAGACGUUUCGAACUCAUUUGGCAUCGACCCGAAGACCUCUCAAAGUCGCUGCCAUCACCGCUCUAUACCAAAUUGUGCAGCGAGAUGCCAUGCUCAUCUCGAAACUCGGCGGCAAUCAACUCGUUGAAGACUUAUUCGGUCUUUUGGACGAUGAUCCCAGCUUGGAAGGAGUACGAAAUGUCAUCACGUCUUGGCUGCAACAGACCGCUGCUGCUCUCCCAUCAGGCUGGAUAGACCUUUGUCAACGCAUCAUGACUCGGACGGCACCAGCCAAACCUGCUGUUUACCAGCCUCAAAGUCAAAGUACGGGCACUGCGACAUUUGUCAUGGAUGACGAAGGGCAAUCUCUUGGUGCAAUGGAAACCAGCUCGACGUCUGGCCUAUCGUCUCGCUGGAGGACCCAACUCUUCGCGUUGCAGUGCCUGCACAAUAUCGUUCUCGCCGUUGCUGAGCACGGCAAGCCCGAAAAUUUUGAUCCGGUCUUGGCCAAGAGAUCAGGUGCGAAUCCAAGACAAAUGCUGUUCUCUCGGGUGGCAGAUAUCGUGCGCAUGGCGUUCUCGGCAAGUGCCGCUUUAGUGAUGGAAGUGCGGCUCGAAGGCUUGGUGGUGUUACGAGAUGUCAUCGAGCGCUUCUCAAGCUCGGCGGAUCCCGACUUUGAAGGAGCUCUACUGCUUGAACAGCACCAAGCCCCGAUCGCAGCAGCUCUCACACCUUCAUUUGGGUCUGACUCCGGCCCAGACGUGCUCGCGCUCGCCGUGCAGAUCUGUGCCGUAUUCGUAGGCUCUGGCGUGGUGAAGGAAGUGAACCGGAUGGGAAGAAUCCUCAAACUCCUCACGUCAGCUCUGGAGCAAUGCAGAGAUGGCGAUAUGCAGUCUCUCGGCGAUGUUGAAGACCUCUCGGCUAAUGCCGCUGUUAUGCUCAAGGUGUCUAUCUUAGCUGCAUGGACGGAACUUCAGGUCGCUUCUGUUAGGCAGGCGUAUCUUGUGGACGUAGUCAAGCCUUAUCGGUGGCUACUGGGGCCAUUCUGGAUCGGAGCUCUGCGAGACUAUGCGCACGUUCGCACAGACCCGGAGAUGGGUGCAGGUGGUCCAAAUCUCACUGGCGCGGUCGACCUUGCCAAUGGUCUAGGUAGAGAGGUCUUGCUUCCAUAUUACGAGACUGGCUGUCCCAAGAUGAUGCACGCACUUGCUGUCGCUCUAAACUCGAACGACAAGUUUGCCCUUGGUGCGAUGGACGGUCAAGCAUUUACUACUCCUGCCGAACCGACAACAAUACCUCCUAUCAGAACGGAACCAUGCGCAAACUUUUACAUCAUCUAUGGCCUGGCGUUUGAGCGAUUGGUCAAGUGUCUUGGGGACUCGUCGGCAUCACUUAUGGCUCAAGUUUGUUUGAAACUCAUCCAAAGCCUGGUUCAGCCUCGCAUGUCUGGCAACGUAUUCCAGGGCGCAUUUUUCGACGAGCUGUGCACUGUUUGCUACCGUGUGGGAAUGGGCGAAAGGGCGACACUCAAAGCUGACAUGUGUGAUGUGAUGAGAGAGUUUGUGGUCUCGCGAAAGGGGCAGGAUGGUUCGGAUGCCGCUCAAACACGACGUGCUCUGGCAGUGACGACUCAUGUCCUACGAUCGGCAAUCAGCUCAAAAGAUAUUCAAUCCACCUUCUCUCAGGCUGAUGGCGCCGUUGACCGGGUGGUUUUCCUGCGAGCCGCUUUCACCGCAUACACCAAAAUCGUAGAGUGCAUCGAGCCGACUCAACGAGCAGACCUCUACGCUGUGGCGAUACAUUUGUUCGGGGACUUGCUCGCAGACGAGACCCCGGGGAUGGACUAUGCUGGUCAACUUUUCCCCGUGCUCAAGAUGCUUCUUGACGCUAUUCUUGGGACUGGGUCUCAAGUCCCCGGUAUGGGCAAUGCGACGGGCGAGCGAGUCAUACACGGUUUGCUAUCUUUAUGCUUGAGCCAUGUGGACGAAAUGAGAACCAGAGUCAAUCCCGUUGCCAACAUCAAGAUAAAGAACAACCUCUUGGCCAUGACACUGAUUUUGACUUCCCUUCCCCCAUCUCUAUCGGUCAGCCGGGUUGUGAUCGAGUCAAUCUGUUAUACGAUCGGCCAAUAUCUCGGCAGCGCAUCCGAGCGGGCAGAGCUAGGCCUCACGGCCGUUCACUGCACAUCCACGCUAUUGACUGCAUCGUUGCGCCCAACGUCGUCUGGCAAGCCAUCGCCAAUAUUACAGCACGCCUCCUUGAAUCUCUUACCACCCAUCAUCAGCUUCAUCUCUGAAUCUCUGGUGUCUUCUUCUACAGAUGUGCAGUCCCUCGAAGCAAUCCGCGAGACGCUAAAGUGCCUCAUCAGUUGGACUUCGGGCCUGAAAGAUGAUCUCAAACCUCGAGGCUUCGGCGUCCUCUUGCCCACGCUGUGUCUUUUGCUGGACCCACCCGGAACCUCUCCUUCUCAACUCCAUACCAUUGCUACGAAUACCCUUCUGAGUCUUGCUCAGAGCUCACCGAGUGCGUUCAAAGAUGCCACUAUGGUCAUGGAUCCGGAAGAACGCAGAAAGCUCGAAAAGGCUGUGAGGGACAAGGUGGAGAUUGAGCAAGGGAGGGGUGCACAGGUAGCGGCUGGAGAGAGAAAAGGCAUUGAGUUGAAGAGCUUUGGGUAG